CUUAAGGUCACGGUCUCAUCUCAUCUCUCUCACGCCGUUCGUCGACAUUUUAUCGAUUUCUUCUAUCGUCGUUCAUCUAUCGUUGUCGUUCGUUGUUCGCCGUAGGCCUCACUCUCAUCUCUUUCACGUUGCGGAGUCAACAAUUUCAUCCAUCUCCAUUCUCCGCAAUCAGCCACACGAGGGACAACCAAGUAUUUGAAGGGAGAAAAGGACAAUAAUGGAUGUUUUCAUCUCAGUUGGAGCAAAAGUUGUACAAUACACAGUUGCACCCAUUGGACGUCAACUAGCUUACCUCUUUUUCUACAAUAGAAAUAUUAAGGAUCUUGAAAAACAACUUGAAAAUCUUAAGGCUACUAGAGAAAGAGUGCAAAUGUUGGUCAAUGAGGCAAGAAGCAACGCAUAUGAAAUCUAUGACGAAGUCUCAACAUGGUUGUUGGUUGAAGUGGAUGUUGAACUACCCAAUAUGCCACGACAAAAAGAAGAUGGAUCACAUAGGAACAGUUCUAAUCUAUCGUGCCUUAAUUUUGUCCAACGUCAUAAGCUAAGUAGAAAGUCAAAGAAGAGGGUGAAAGAUAUUCUUCAACUCAUAGAGGAAGGAAAGAAGUUUGAAAAAGUUGGUCAUCCGGCACCUCUUCCAGAUACUAAAAGUUCUACUCUUCCUGCAGAUUAUCAAGUUUUAGAAUCAAGAACGUUAAUGGCCGAAAAAAUUAAGGAUGCACUUUCAAAUCCUAAUGUUAAUAAGGUUGGAGUAUGUGGUAUGGCAGGUGUUGGAAAAACUAAGUUGUUGGAUGAAAUUAAGAAAUUAGUAUUGGAAAAUAAAUUGUUUGAUCGAGUGAUUGACGUGACUGUAGGGCGAUCUAAUGGUGUAGUAGAGAUACAAGAUCAAAUUGGAGGAAAGUUAAAUAUGGGACUAAGUAUGAAGGCAGAAACUAAGGAGGGAAGAGCGCCUUUCCUACGAAAUAAGUUGGUUGAGAUGAAAGAUAAGAUCCUUAUUAUGUUGGAUGACUUGUGGAAUGAAUAUGAUCUUGAAAAAGAGGUUGGGAUUCCUUGUCGUUCUGAAUCAAGUAAAGAAGGAUGUAAGAUACUUAUGACAAGUCGAUCUCGAGAUAUAUUAACAAAUAAAAUGAAUACAAAAAAGUGUUUUCAGGUGAAUUCCCUAAGUGAAGAUGAGUCUUGGAAGUUUUUUAUGGCAAUAGUUGGAGAGUUUGAUAAAAGUCGUAUAGAACACAUAGCGAAGAAUGUGGUAAAAAAAUGUGGAGGAUUACCAAUUGCACUUAAAAUUAUUGCAAAAGCAUUGAAAGGAAAAGAAAUACAUAUUUGGAAGGAUGCUUUCGAGAAAUUGGAAAAACAUGUUUUAGUGAAAAUUAAAGGAGUGAGUGACCAAUUGUAUUCUUGCCUUAAGUUGAGUUACGAUUGGAUAGAAGAUGAAGAAACUCGAUUGCUAUUUCUUCUAUGUAGUGUAUUUCCAGAUGAUCACAACAUUUGUGUGAAAGAUUUGCAGAUGUAUGCUAUGGGUAUGGGAUUGCUAAAUGACAUAAAUAAUUGGGAAGCAACAAAGAAUAGGGUAAUUGACUUGGUUGAUGAUCUUAAAUCGUCCUAUUUACUUCUAGAAUCCAAUUCUGGGGAUAAUUAUGUUCAAAUGCAUGAUGUGGUUCGCGAUGUUGCCAAAUACAUUGCAUCAAAUGAUGAUAAAAUGUCUUCAUUGAGCUAUGGGUGUGGACAAAGUGAAUGGCUAGAAGAGGAUAGAUCCGGAUCUUAUAAUGCAAUCUUUGUAGAUUGUAUGGACUUUUCCAGCCUUCCUUCAAACUUCGAGUUUCCAAACCUUCAGUUGUUAAUAUUAGGAAUGCCAUCGUUUUUUGGGGAAGGGGAAGCUAUUCAAAUUCCGGGUGCUUUCUUUGAAGGAAUGGAAAAGCUUAGAGUUUUGGACAUGACAAAAAUGUGUUUUGAACCAUCAAGGACAUCAGUAACUCACUCAUUAAAGAACCUUCAAACAUUAUGUAUGUCAUAUUGUGAAUAUUAUGAUAUUGAUACAAUUGGUCAGCUAAAGAAAUUGAAAAUUCUGAAAAUUAACGAUUGUACAUUUGAAGAGCUACCUGCAAAUAUGAGUCAAUUGACACAGUUAAGGUUGCUAGAUCUGUCGAAUUGCUCCAACUUGAAGGUGAUUCCUAUAAACAUUAUUUCAAGUAUGACAAAACUGGAAGAGUUAAAUUUAUGGCGGAGCUUCAAAAGAUGGGGGGAGGAAAUAUCAUACAGAAAUAAAUUGAUUCAGAAUGUCAAACUUUCUGAAUUGAAUCAUCUAUCACGUCUUUCUAAUUUAAGGUUAGAAAUUCCAAAUGUUAACAUUUUUUCAGAUGAUUUGAGUUUAGAAAGAGUUGAGAAAUUAGAAGAAUUUUGUAUUUGUGUUGGUAAUGACUCUUGGGGUUUUAGAAUAUGCGACGGAUAUGCAAGAAGGUUGAUGGUUAAUAUAAAAUCACAAAUUGUUGCAAUUGGUGGGACACUUCAAAUACUAUUGGAAGGAUGUGAGCAAUUGUAUAUAGAAGAUACAGUGGGCUUUACAAAUUGUCUUUUCAAACUAAACGGAAAUUAUUGUAAUCCCCGUUUGAAGCAUCUCCACAUUGAAGGAAAUUCAGAAAUGCCACGUCGAAUUGAUGUUCAGGUUUCAUUUCCUGAGUUGAAGGAGUUAACAAUCCAAGGAGGAAAUAAUUUGGAGAUGUUAUGGCAUAAUAAUAGGCUAAUUGCAAAUUCCUUUUGCAAACUCCGAAGUAUAUGUAUUUCAUGUUGCAACAAAUUAACGUACAUGUUUACUUCAAAUAUGGUGACAUCACUUGUUUUCUUAAAUACAUUAGAAAUCGAUAACUGUGAGUUAUUAGAAAGGAUAUUUGAAAUUGGAAAGUUGGUUGAUGAUGCCAAAGUACUGCCAUUGACAGACUUAAGUUUAAGGUCUUUACCGAAUUUAAAGUACGUAUGGAACAACGAUCCUGGUGAAUUUCUUACCUUUCCAAAUCUCAAAAACGUCAAUGUUUCUAGUUGCCCUCGACUUAAAUGUCUUUUUCCAGCUUCCUUCAUCAAACAUAUUGAAGAAAUUGAAAGUUUAUGCGCAUAUGAGGUAGAUGAAAUCUUUUCAGAAGAUGAAGCCUCCAAGUUAGGGUUCCCCGAGAUUGUCUUUCGAAGCUUGCAAAUUUUGGAAAUGGUAGUGAAGAGAAGCUUUUGGUUUAGAUCAGGGUCAUUUCCAAAAUUGCAUAAUCUUAAAUUGAAGGGCGGUGAAGAUGACGAUCUGGUUACUUUGCCAUUGGAAAUGAGUCAAGAAUUAUACAAUAUUGAAGUGAAGAAAUGUGACAAGUUGAAGUUUUUACUGCCAUCAUCAACCACAUUCUUCAACUUGGGUUCUCUUAUCAUUGAAGAUUGCAAUGGAAUGAUGAAUCUAUUCAACACUUUGGUGGCAAAAAAUCUAGUAAAUCUUUGUUUAAUAAAAAUAUGUGAUUGUAGAGGAAUAACUUCCAUAGUUGCAGAAGAAGUAGAAGAAGAAGAGGGAGAAGAAAUUAUUUUCAACCAUUUGAUUAGAUUGGAACUUAGAGAUUUGCCAAGACUAGCAAAUUUUUACUCUGGAAAAUGUGCGCUUAAGUUUCCCUACUUGGAGCGGUUGAUAAUAGAAGGAUGCCCAAAAAUGAAGACAUUUUCCUUUGGAAUAAAAAGGUAG